AUGUCUUCUCCCUCGCCCCUCGAAAUCCGGCCUCACCCCUCCAAAGGCCGUGGCCUCUACGCAACGAAAUCCUUCUCUCCCGGCGCCGUCAUCUUUCCCUUCACACCUCUCCUCCUCCUGCCGACCGUCUCGUGCCUCAGCAGCGUCUGCUCCUACUGUCUUCGCCCAGGCAAUCCUCGGGCCUGUUCGCGCUGCCACGCGGCGUCGUACUGCGAUGCGGCGUGUCAAGCUGCGGCGUGGAAGGCCGUCCAUUCGCGCGAGUGCAAGGCGCUGCGGCAGGGCAUUAAGGAUGAGGGCCGAAGGAGGCAGUUGCCGACGCCGACGAGGGCGUUGAUGCAGGCUUUGCUGUGUGGGGAGAUUGGAGAUGGGCUGAAGGAUCUGGAGGGGCAUGUGCUGGAGAAGAAGGCCGAGGGUGACGAAUGGAGAGACAUUGAGAUGAUGGCCAUGGCGGCGUGUGCGUUUUCCGGCAAGGGCACGGCGGAGGAGCUUGUGCGGAGAGCAGCUGAGAUGCUUUGCAAGAUUCAAAACAACUCUUUUCAGAGAUUCGACCCUGACUUGGGUGUUGUUGGUCUAUUCCUUGAGCCUACACUAGCCAUGGCCAAUCACUCCUGCAUCCCCAAUGCGGCAGUCCAGUUUAUAGGGAGAAAUACCCUUCUCGUUGCAGAGAGCCCUAUUCGAGCUGGUGACGAGAUUGAGCUGGCUUAUACGUUUUACACGGAUCCUCUAUUGAAGCGAAGAGAAGCACUGGCUCACUACAAGUUUGUAUGUCAAUGCCUUCGUUGCCGGGAUAACCUCAAUGUCUAUCAAGUCGCAGCCAUCUCCCCCAACGUCAAUCUCAACAGCCAGAGUCUCGUGCCAGAUGUUUCAAAGUUUCGCAAACAUCCUGCAGUCACCAGCUCUAGCAAACAAUCCAUUAUCAAUCGACAUGGCGAGUCGGCUGACCGUAUAUCGAGCGCAUUGGUGACAAUUGAGUCAACGUCAGAGCGACGUAAGCUAUUAAAAAGCGAAUGCAGCAAGAGCAAAGCCCUGGUUGAAGAGGAGUUGUGGGCCGUCACGCCGCUACCUGACAUUCUCUUUAGAAUAUCCAUGUUGUACGGCGAAGAAGAGAACUUUGCCUUUGCCUUGGCAGUGGCUUGCUUCAUCGCGACGGCUUGCGAUCCGUACCAGUACGCUUCGCCGUAUCAUCCCAUCCGGCUGGCUAGUUUGUUCACUAUAGCAAAUUUCACUACUCAUACCGCCGCGGCAACAGCUUUCCUGGCAAACUCUGCUACGCCCGUCUCCAAAAAGGUGACUCUAGAGCAGAAAAUCGAAGAAUCAUUGCGUGAGAUUGAUCAGGUGUCGUUGUGCCAGAUGCUCCUCAUCAUGAUUCUCAAAUACUCCCCAGAAAAAUAUGGUGCAGAGCUCGGCCUGGUUGUCAAAGCACAGGCACUUCUAGAUGACAUUGAGAAGCUGGCAGGUAGAGAGAAAGAAACGUCUCUGAUUGAUGACUGGCGGCAAGAUCCCAACAGCGAAAAGUCCCAAGCUUUCUUCGAGUUUGCUGUCGUGCAGCAGGUGAAUACCCUGGCUAGUCUAGGAAGAGGUAUCUUGAGACGGGAUUUCGAUAUUUGA